CCAAGCAUGGAUCAGCUCAGUAGUGCAGGUUGUGAUUGUGAAAUUUCACCCACUGACUAGCAGGACACAUUCACCUAAGAAACACAUCAUAAGACUACGGAACAACAGAGCUGACCACAGAGGAUGGCUGCUCCGCAGAAAGGAGACUUGUCUGCAUCUGAGAGGAGGAUUCUGCAAGUUAUCACUGCUGGUGAUGUACAGGAGGCUGCCCAGCUGCUUGCUAGCAAAGAAGUACGAGUCAACUGUUUGGAUGAGUAUGGCAUGACUCCACUGAUGCAUGCAGCCUAUAAUGGCAAAGCAGAUAUAUGUCGUUUGCUGCUGCAGCAUGGGGCUGAUGUCAACUGCAACCAGCAUGAAUACGGUUACACUGCUCUGAUGUUUGCUGGCCUCUCAGGGAAGACAGACAUCACCUCCAUGAUACUGGAUGCAGGAGCAGAGACAGAACUGGUGAAUUCUGUUGGUCGAACUGCUGCUCAGAUGGCAGCAUUUGUAGGCCAGCAUGAUUGUGUAACAGUGAUCAACAAUUUCUUUUCACGUGCGAGGCUGGAGUAUUACACCAGACCACAGGGGCAGGAGAAGGAGCCCAAGCUGCCUCCCAGACUGGCAGGUCCAUUGCACAAGAUCAUUAUGACCACCAACCUCAACCCAGUCAAGAUAGUCAUGAUGGUGAAGGAGAACUCUGUUUUGGUGGAUGUGGCAGCUCUGGAAAAGUGUUACCAGGUGAUGGAUCUGUUGUGUGAGCAAUGUGUGAAGCAGCAAGACAUGAACGAGGUCCUGGCUAUGAAGAUGCACUACAUCAGCUGUGUGCUGCAGAAGUGUGUGGCCUCCUUAGAGAAACAAGAUGAAAAACUGGACACACUUGUCAAGUGCCUGCUGAGGGGUAGAGACAGUGAUGGUUUUCCACAGUACCAGGAGAAGUUUAUUCGGGACUGCAUCAAGAAGUUUCCUUACUGUGAGGUCACACUCCUUCAGCAGCUGGUGAGGAGCAUUGCACCAGUUGAUAUUGGCAAUGACCCAACAGCGUACUCAGUGUUGACCCAGGCCCUGACAGGUCAGGUGGUGUUUGUAGAUGCUGACUACUGUGCUACAUGUGGAGACAGAGGAGCAGACAAAUGGUGCUCCCUUUGUAAAGCAGUGACAUACUGCAGCUUGUCAUGCCAAAAGCUCCACUGGUUCACCCACAGCAAGAUGUGUAGGUCUCUGCAAGACCCGGAUGCUGACCUGGAGAAGAACACUCCUAGGCUGAAAGAAAUAAAAGAGGAUGAAAGUAACCUGGUAACGGAGACAGCCAACUUCCUGCAGGAGCUGUGUCUGCGAGCGGAGGAGAAGGUUGCUGCUGCAGGAGGCUGUCCUGCAGAUCUGCUAGCCUGUUCCUCCACCUCUGUUGAGGGACCACAUCUUGCACCCAAGACUGAGGCAGAACAAUGAACGAUGCUUAGUGACUUGUUUUUGUGAGUCUUCAAAAAAGGCCAAACAUAGAAAGGCAUGGCUAAACAGAAACCAUGCCAGCAGGAUACAUCCUGUAUAGAUUUAUACAUGCCACACAGAUGGAUUUGGAUUACAAACAGAAGCAGAGGAGAGAUUCUAGAGUGAAACCUGGGCUUGUGAGUUUAUGUGUGUGGGGCUUGUGUGUGUUGGUGGGCUAUGGUGGCCUGAUGAGCUAAAACGCAAGCCUCAGUAGGAUGUCAUGCCAGUGGUACCUAGCAACAGACUGGCAGUCCUCCCUUGUUAUGUUUUUGGUGUCUGAUGGACGUCUGUCUGUCCAGUGGGCAUCUAAUAGAUAUCUAGUAGGUACAGGUGCAACACUCCAGCAGUCUUCUCUCGACAGCUAGUAGAGGGUGAGUGGUCCUCCCUCGAGGUCCAGUAGGCCGCAGAUGGGAGUGUUGUUUGUUUUGUUUUUUUUUUUUUUUCAAAAAGAGGCAUUUGGAAGUUUACCACAAUUAGGUCACACCCUCAGAUAUGAAUAAAUUCAAACAUGGCAGGUGGCAGAAAUAUCAGGAUUUGGUCUUUAUAACAAGUAUGGGUUGUGCUUUUCCAGGAGAAGGAGGAGAGUUGGAGAAGUUGCAAAAUAUAAAAAACUUGGAACGCAUUGUUUAAACUGUUGAAAUCCCAAGAUUUUGCUCAUGUUUGUUGUUGCUUAUAUGUAUAUAUUAACUUGAUGUAUUGAAUAAACAUUAUUCGCAUCAGA